UAUUCCAUUAGAAAUUAACUCCACAUCACGAAAAUCUAUAUCUAGUUUUCCCUGCUCGUUACUCAUUUGCUCUGCUCGCUGUCCUCCCAUUUGUUUUUAUAUUCUCUCUCUCUCUCUCUCUCUCUCUCUCUCUUCAUCCAGAAGAGCGAUAUAGGGGAGAAAUAGGCCUACGUUUGGAGUGUAUAGUAAUUGAUUUGCUACAUUGGGGGGGGUUAACCGUUGGAAAAGAGAUCUACCAUUUGACAAAGGAAACAUCCCAAGAAAGUCUGCUUUCUAUCGCGGGAAUUCCAGACUGUCGGCGACUCCGGUCCGGCCAUCUCCUCGCCGGUUCUACAAGGAUUAAGAUUUCCAAGACUCACAGUUGGGUUUUUGUUUUUCCUUUUCCACUUGAACCCCAUUGGUUCACAGAGAGAGAGAGAGAGAGAGAGAGAGAGAGAGAGAGAGACAGAGAGGAGAGCAAGUUUCUCUCUCUACACGCGUGGCUGUUGGGAUUUGACUCGUGUAGUGAACAACUGGGGUCUGGGGAGAUGGGUCUAACUGGGUUUGUCUGAAAUGGGCAUCUUUGGUUUCUCCAAAGAAGAAGAAGAGAAAAGUCAAACCUUUGAUCUGAACUAGACCAGUGGAGAUUCGGACUCUAACUAGAAAUUAAAGAUGAUGCAGAUGAAGACUAAAACUACGGAGCUGUCACCGAUGAACGGGAGCUCAGGCGGCGGCGGCGGAGGAGAAGGGGAGUGGGAGCUGAGGCCCGGAGGAAUGCUGGUCCAGAAGCGAACGGACUCGGAUCAGAACCGGGUUCCACCGCCCACCAUUCGAGUUCGGGUCAAGUACGGGUCGAACUACCACGAAGUCAAUAUCAGCUCUCAAUCCUCCUUCGGGGAGUUGAAGAAAAUGCUUUCAGGGCCGACGGGACUACACCACGAGGAUCAGAAGCUGCUGUUCCGUAAAAAGGAAAGGGAUUCAAAAGCCUUCCUCGACAUUUCUGGAGUCAAGGACAGAUCAAAGAUUGUGCUACUUGAGGACCCGAUUAGCCAGGAGAAAAGGUACCUUGAGAUGAGAAAGAAUGCUAAGAUGGAGAAGGCUUCGAAAUCGAUAUCAGAAAUCAGCUUGGAAAUUGAUAGGCUCGCAGGGCGGGUGUCGGCUCUUGAAUCAGUAAUCUCUAAAGGUGGGAAGGUUGCCGAGAAGGAUGUGUUGAAUCUGAUUGAGCUGUUGAUGAAUGAACUGCUUAAAUUGGAUGCGAUAAUAACAACUGACGGGGAUGUGAAAUUGCAGAGGAAAAUGCAGGUGAGAAGAGUGCAGAAGUAUGUCGAGACGUUAGAUGUGAUGAAGAUAAAAAACUCAAUACCUGCAAGCAAUGGGAGUCAAAUUCCAAAGGAGCAAUCGCCAAUCCACCAGCAUCAACAGCCGAGGUAUUCUAAUGGGCAGACACCCUCACCCAAUCAACAGCAGCAAGCAAGGCAUUCUGUUGGGCAUUUGCCAACAGACACGCAGCCACAACAGCAGCAGCAGCCAUCAAGGCAUUCUAGUUCUGGUGCAGUCGUCAUAACCACACAAUGGGAGACGUUUGAUAACGGGCCGGCUAUUUUGCAAGCCUCCCCUUCAACAUCUUCAACUGCAUCAACCACUGUAAAUUCAGUACAUCCUAAAUUUAAUUGGGAUUUGCUUUAAGUAGUGAACUAAAUAUCUGUUCUAGUGUUUGGAUGAGUGUUUUGGAUUUGUCUCAAGUUGGUUUGAUAUGUAUCCUCUCCAUUCUUUUGUGUAUUUAGAUUUUGCUAGUGCCGCUUAUGUGUCAUUCAGUUCAGAAAUAAAUGAAAUAACUUCUAUAGGGAUCCAAA